UCAGGCACGUGGGCUCCGCGGGACCGGGUCCUGUUACCCCGGGCGCUGGGCUCAGGGUCCUCGCGCCCCGGAGUCUCCCACGUCGCGGCCAUCCUGGGGUGCAGGGGGCGCUAGCGGCGAGGGAGGGGAGGCGCAGGGUGGCCAGGGAACCUGCGGGCCGUGCAGGGAAUGAAUGGGGUCGGGGUUCUCUGGAGUCGCCGCAUUGUCCAGGCGUUGCGGCCAAGGAAGGCUGGCUCCGGAGGGCCACUAGGGGCCCGCGAGGCCGGAGACAGCGACCGAGAGGCCAGGCGCGCUCCCCUCGCCCGCCGUCGCGCAGCCGGAGCACCAGACGCCCACGUGCCUCCCCAGACCUAGCAGGCGGUGCCACCCCGAGGCCACAAACCGGCUGCAACCCCGCUCGGCGUGGACCUCGGGCGCGGGUGGGGAAGGAAGCGCGCGCGCGGGGCCCGGGACCGCACAUUGGUGCUGGGUUUCUGUCCACGUUAAGAGAGCAAGAGAGGUGGUCAGAUCUUUGCCGAAAAACCUCGAGCCAGACAACACCUGCCAAGGGGCAGCUUCCCACCACUGGGAAUUUCAUUUUGCAAAAGCCCGGCUCGGAAGGCGUGGGCGGAAUUGGAAGUGCUCUCGUGGGAAAGAUGCGUGUAGGACCUUGUGCGGCGUGCUGCGAGGGUCAUCCCAUUCAUUCAGGCCUGUAGGGGCCGGCGGCCCGGCUGCUUUCUGAAUAGCCUGCGAGGGGGAUUUACAUAGCUCUCCGGGGAAGAAAGGGGUGGGCUGGGACUCCGGGAGCCCAGCCUCUGUCUAUCAGAUCGCUGCAAGUGAAGGUGCCCCGGUUUCCCACAGGGUGGAGAGGGGGCCGCGGGCUUCGGUUUAUUGUUCCAAGAAGUCGAAAGUCUUAGACUCAGGAGGUGCCUGAAUGCUUUCCGCGCCCCUAGCUCUGCACGCACUUGGCCUGCGCGCCUAUGAAUGGUGUUUGGAGAAAGUGAGGCCCCGGGGGGCCUUUCCUGCCUUGCGAAGCCGCGGAAACCUGCAGGGCAGGAGCCUUUCGGUCCUUGGCAGUCAGCAUCCCACCUCGCCACCAGGCCUCCUGUGUGUCCUUGAGGCUGUUUUGAGUUUUCAGGAGAGUUUUUCUCCCCUGUGUAGAGCAUGGAGGAUUUGGACUUCAUGAAAUAGUGCUGACCCGCAGAUUGUCCGAUUAGGCCGCGGGGUGGAGGUGGAUUGUGGGUGGCGCGAUUGAAAGCUGCAAUGGGUGCUUAGAACAGUUGGUGACCUGCAAGGCGCAGCGCUGUGAAGGCCCCCCUCCCCCCAAUCCUCCCUGUGGCUUCAGACACUCAGCCCUUCGCCCGUGGUGCUUGCAACUUUCCGGAGCAGGUCUGGAAGAUCUCUUUCCUGAGUGUCUUUCUAAAAAAUGCCUGUUCCCCGCCAUUCUCAACCUGGCCACCAAUGCCGAGAUCAGUGCCAACGCCACCUGUGGCGAGAAGGGCCCUGAGAUGUCCUGCAAACUCGUGGAGCACGUGCCUGGCAGGCGUACACGCAAUGCCCAGUGCCAGCUCUGUGAUGCCAGCAGCACUAACCCCAAAGAGCACCAUCCAAUAUCAAAUGCAAUUGAUGGCACCAAUAACUGGUGGCAGAGCCCCAGUAUCCAGAAUGGUCGAGAGUAUCACUGGGUCACCAUCACCCUGGACUUAAGACAGGUCUUUCAGGUGGCCUAUGUCAUCAUCAAAGCGGCCAAUGCCCCGAGACCUGGAAACUGGAUUUUGGAGCGCUCCGUAGACGGUGCCACGUUCAGCCCCUGGCAGUUCUAUGCCAUCAGUGACUCUGAGUGCUUGACGCGCUACAACAUAACCCCGAGGCGUGGGCCACCCACCUACCGCGCUGAUGAUGAAGUCAUCUGCACCUCCUAUUACUCCCGGCUCGUGCCCCUGGAGCAUGGAGAGAUUCACACGUCGCUCAUCAACGGCAGACCCAGCGCGGAUGACCUAUCCCCCAGGCUGCUGGAAUUCACCUCCGCGCGCUACAUCCGCCUCCGCCUGCAGCGCAUCCGCACGCUCAACGCAGACCUGAUGACUCUCAGCCACCUGGACCCCAGAGAUAUCGACCCUAUCGUUACGAGGCGGUACUACUAUUCCAUCAAGGACAUUUCUGUCGGAGGGAUGUGUAUUUGCCACGGCCACGCCAGCAGCUGUCCGUGGGAUGCCACCACGAAGCGCCUGCAAUGCCAGUGUGAGCACAACACCUGCGGGGAGAGCUGCGACAGGUGCUGCCCCGGCUACCACCAGCAGCCCUGGAGGCCGGGCACCGUCUCCUCGGGCAACACCUGCGAAGAAUGUAACUGUCACAACAAAGCCAGCGACUGCUACUACGACGAGAACAUCGCGAAGCAGAAGAAGAGCCUGGACACCUCGGGGCAGUUCCAAGGAGGCGGGGUCUGCAUCGGUUGCCAGCAGAACACGGCGGGGGUCAACUGCGAGACCUGCGUCCCUGGCUUCUACCGGCCACACAGGGUGUCUCCCUACGAGGACGAGCCUUGCCGUCCCUGUGACUGUGACCCCGUGGGGUCCCUCAGCUCCGACUGUGUGAAGGACGACCUGCAGUCUAACUUGCACCACGGGGUCUGGCCAGGGCAGUGUCCCUGUAAGGAAGGUUAUGGAGGUGAGAGGUGCGACCGCUGCCAGUUUGGCUACAAGGGUUUCCCAAGCUGCGUGCGCUGUGACUGCAGCCCAGCGGGCAGUGUGAACGACGACCCAUGUGCCGAGCCGUGUCUGUGCAAGGACAAUGUGGAGGGGGAAGCCUGUGACCGCUGCAAGCCGGGCUUCUACAACCUGCAGGAGAAGAACCCCCAGGGAUGCUCUGAGUGCUUCUGUUUUGGAGUCUCUGGUGUCUGCGACAGCCUUUCUUGGCCGCUGGGGCAGGUGAACGACAUGAAUGGUUGGCUGGUCACAGACUUGGUCAGUGGCAGGAAGAUCAAGUCCCAGCAGGAGGCAGUGGGUGGGCGCCCUCAGAUCAGUAUCAGCCACGCGGAGGUGACGCAGAGGCUGGGCGCCAGGUAUUACUGGUCAGCCCCGGAGGCCUACCUGGGAAACAAGCUGACUGCCUUCGGUGGGCUCCUGAAGUACACGGUGUCCUACAACAUUCCAGUGGAGGCAGUGGAGGGUGACCUCAUGUCUCACGCCGAUGUCAUCCUCAAGGGAAACGGUCUCACAUUAAGCACACAGGCAGAGGGACUCUCUCUGCAACCCUACCAAGAGUACUACAACGCAGUGAGGCUGGUGCCUGAGAACUUCCGGGAUUACGGCACCAAGAGGGAGAUUGACCGUGACCAGCUGAUGACCGUGCUGGCCAACCUGACCCAUCUCCUCAUCAGAGCCAACUACAAUUCCGCAAACACAGCUCUUUACAGGCUGGAUUCUGUCUCUCUGGAUAUAGCGAGCCCCAACGCCAUAGACCUAACAGUCGCCACUGAUGUGGAGCACUGUGAAUGUCCCCAGGGCUACAUGGGGACCUCCUGCGAGUCCUGCCAGCCCGGCUAUUACCGCGUGGAUGGGAUUCUCUUCGGCGGGAUCUGUCAGCCCUGCGAAUGCCACGGUCAUGCUCGGGAGUGUGACGCUCGCGGCAUCUGCUCUGGCUGCACACACAACACCACUGGGGACCACUGCGAGCAGUGCCUGCCCGGCUUCUAUGGGAUGCCUUCCCGGGGGACGCCCAGGGAUUGCCAGCCAUGCGCCUGCCCCCUCGCCACGCCCUCCAACAACUUCAGCCCGACCUGCCACCUGGAUGAGGAGGAAGACGUCGUCUGCGACCAGUGUGCCCCAGGCUAUGCGGGCACCUGGUGUGAGAGAUGUGCAGAUGGUUACUAUGGAAACCCCACUGUCCCCGGGGGAUCCUGUGUUCCAUGUGACUGCAGCGGCAACGUGGACCCCUCUGAGCCUGGCCACUGUGACUCAGUCACCGGGCAGUGCCUGAAGUGUGUGGGAAACACAGGCGGUGCCCACUGUGAGCGCUGUGCAGAUGGGUUCUACGGAGAUGCCGUGACCGCCAAAAACUGUCGUGCAUGUGGCUGCCAUGAGAAAGGGUCCCUUUCUGGCGUGUGUCAUCCUGAGAGUGGACGCUGCGACUGCAGACCGCAUGUGACUGGACAGCGGUGUGACCAGUGUCUGCCGGGCUACUAUGGGCUGGACACCGCACCAGGCUGCCUGGCCUGCAACUGCAGUGCAACCGGCUCCACCUCGGGUGACUGCACGGACCUCGGCCAGUGCCGCUGCCUGCCGGGUGUCACUGGGAGGAGGUGCGACCGCUGUGCACAUGGCUUCUUCUCGUUCCGGGAGGGCGGCUGCACAGCCUGUGAUUGCGCCCACACUCAGAACAGCUGUGACCCUGAGUCCGGAGAGUGCAUCUGCCCCCCUCAUACCACGGGCCCGAAGUGCGAGGACUGCGAGGCCGGGCACUGGGGCUGGGACGCGGAGCAAGGCUGCCAGGCCUGCAGCUGCAGCAGCAAGGGCUCCACAGGCUCUCAGUGCAACCUGCUGUCUGGCCAGUGCCCCUGCAAGGCUGAGUUUGGCGGGCAGCUCUGUGACCAGUGCUCCCUGGGCUACCGAGACUUUCCUGACUGUGUCCCCUGUGCCUGUGACCUGAGGGGGACACUGGCCACCACCUGCGACCUGGACCUGGGUGUCUGCAGCUGCGCAGAGGACACUGGCGCCUGCUCCUGCAAGGAGAACGUUGUCGGCCUCCAGUGCAGCGAAUGUCGCACCAGCACCUACGCCCUGCGUGCCAACGACCCCCGGGGCUGCACCCCCUGCUUCUGCUUUGGGCUGUCGAACAUCUGUGUGGAGCUGGAGGGCUACGUGAGGACCCCAGUGACACUGAGUGCCCAUCAGCCUCUCCUGCGUGUGGUUUCCCAGAGCAAUGUGACCGGCACCACUGAGGGCGUCUAUCACCAGGUCCCCGACGUCUUGCUGGACGCUGCGACCGUCCGCCAGCAUGUCCACACAGAGCCAUUCUACUGGCGGCUCCCGGAGCAGUUCCAGGGCGACCAGCUCCUGGCCUACGGCGGCAGGCUGAGGUACAGCGUGGCCUUCUAUGCCUCCGACGGCACGGGAACCUUCAACUUGGAGCCCCAAGUUCUCAUCAAAGGAGGUCGGGGCAGGAAGCAAGUGAUCUACACAGACGCCCCAGCUCCAGAGAAUGGGGUGUGGCAGCUCCAGGAGGUGGGGAUGAAGGAGAAUUUCUGGAAAUACUUCAAUUCCGUGUCUGAAGAGCCUGUCACGCGCGCGGACUUCAUGUCUGUUCUCAGCAGCGUGGAAUACAUCCUCAUAAAGGCAUCCUAUGGUCAUGGCCUGCAGCAGAGCAGAAUCACCAACAUCUCCAUGGAGGUCGGCACGGAGGCGGGAGGUCAGCACCCCACCGGGGAGGCGGCGGCGCUGAUAGAGCAGUGCGUGUGUCCUCCCGGCACGGCUGGCCUCUCCUGUCAGGACUGUGCUCCUGGGUUCCGCAGACAGAAGCCUCCAGAAGGUGGUGGCAGAGAAUCCCGGCUACUGCUCGCUCCUUGCGUGCCCUGCACCUGCAACAACCACAGUGCUGCCUGUGACCCCGAAACUGGGAAGUGCCUAAACUGCAGGGACAACACGGCCGGGGACCACUGCGAACUGUGCACUCCCGGCUAUUACAGGAAGGUGACUGGCACGACCCUGCACUGCUCCCCGUGUGCCUGCCCCCACAGCCCCCCUGCCAGUUUCAGUCCCACUUGUGUCUCGGAGGUUGACGGUGGCUUCCGGUGCAGCGCCUGUGCCGUGGGGUACGAAGGCCGGUACUGUGAAAGGUGCUCCGUGGGCUACUAUGGGAACCCUGGCAUGUUGGGUGGCAGCUGCCAGAAGUGCAUCUGUAGCCCUCAGGGCUCUGUGCACAGCAAUUGUGACCCCCUGUCCGGGCAGUGCAUUUGCAAGCCAGGGGCCACGGGGCUCCAAUGCGACGAGUGCCAGCCGAGGCACCUGCUGGUGGACAGCAGCUGUGUUUCCUGUGAUGACGAGUGCACGGGCAUCCUCCUGGGUGACCUGGACCGUGUUGGCGAUGCCAUUCUCUCUGUGAACCUCACCAGCGUUGUCCCUGCCCCAUAUGGAGUUCUGUCAAACCUGGAAAAUGCAACUAGAUCUCUCCGGGAAUCUUUGUUAAAAGAAAAUUCUCAGAAGAAUUCGGCAGAAAUUCAGCUGGAUGGCAUUGCAAAGCUCACGGAUGAGCUACAAAAGCAGCUGACCAGAGUGCUGCCCCGAAGCCAGCAGGCAGGCCGGGCCUCAGAGAAGAUUCUGCAGGGAAGUCGAGACCUGGCUGUGUUCAUCGAGCGGCUGCAGGAGAACAUCAGAGAGAUCCUUGAAAAGGCCACAAAUUUAAAUCAGACUGUAGAUGAAAACUUCCAGCUACCCAAUUCCACUCUGCAGAACAUGAGGCAGAGCAUCGCGUCCUUGCUGGAAAUGAUUCGGAAAAGACAGUUCACAGACCUGCUCCACAACACCAGCCGGGAGCUCGCGGCUGCUGAAGACCUGUUGUCUGCGGUGCAGAAGGAUUUCCAGCGGCCUCAGAAAGAGCUGCAGGGGUUGAAGGACGCAGCCGGGCACCUCCUUUCAAAGCACACUGCUGAGUUGCAGGCGGCAGAGGAGCUGCUGAGCGAGGCGAAGGCCAGGACAGAGGAGAGUGCCCGCCUGCUGUUCCUCAGCGAGGCCAACCUGCGAGAUUUCAGUAAUAAAAAGCUGCAUCUUCAAGAACAGCAGAAUGUAACCUCAGAGCUCGUGGCUGAAGGAAGGGGACUGGUGGAUGCGGCCACAGCCCAGGCGGACCGUUUGCAAGACACACUGGUGCAGGCGGAGCGGUACCGAGAUGAGCUUCUCCUAUGGGCAGCCAAGAUCAGGAGCCACGUGGACCACCUGGUCAUGCAGAUGUCUGAGAGGAGAAUGGUCGACCUGGUCUACAGAGCUGAGGACCACGCUGCUGGGCUCCAGAGGUCAGCAGGCGCUCUGGACAGUGGUCUUGAAAGUGCCCGGCAUGCAUCCCUGAAUGCAACCAGCGCCGUGCAUGUCCACUUCAACAUCCAGAGUCUGGUGGAAGAAUCCAAGAGCCUGGCCAGAGCUGCACGGAAGGCCUCGAGGGAGGUGAGGCAGUCCUCAGAGUCACUGGUGUCCAGCGGGAAGGCGGCUGUGCAGCGCAGUUCCGGGAUUCGGAGUGACAGCGGCAGCCUGAGCAGCAAGCAGCAAGGUCUUACGUUGAAGCUGAGUGAACUGAAAAAUACAGCAAACAGAUUUCAGGAGAGAGCGGGCAGAAUUACCCAGCAGACCAACAACUCACUCCUGACCUUGAGCGCAACCCCCAAAGGUGUGAGAGACCAGGUGACCAGAAGCAAAGAGCUGGCGGACUCUGCCAGCCAGAGCACGGCGAGGGCGGCACAGAAGGUGGAGGGGCUGAGCCACAAGCUGCUGGACACUUCGGCCAAUCUGGCUGGGCUGAAUGCCACACUGCAGGAGACACAGGGUCUGCUGCGUGACUCCACCGUGACCACUCUGCUGGCCAGAAGGAAGGUUAGAGAUGCGGAGACACAAGCCAACCUCUUAUUUGAUCAGCUGAAGCCCCUGAGGACGUUAGAAGAAAACCUGAGCAGAAACUUGUCAGAAAUUAAACUGCUGAUCAGCCAGGCCCGGAAGCAGGCUGCCUCGAUUAAAGUGGCUGUGGCCGCAGACCGAGACUGCAUCCGGGCCUACCAGCCUCAGAUCUCCUCCACCAACUACAACACCCUGGCUCUGAAUGUGAAGACCCGAGAGCCGGACAACCUCCUCUUCUACCUGGGUAGCAGUGCCGGGGCUGACUUCCUGGCGGUGGAGACGCGGCGGGGGAAGGUGGCCUUCCUCUGGGACCUGGGGUCCGGCGCUGCGCGGCUGGAGCUCCCAGACUUGCGCAUCGAUGAUGACCGGUGGUACAGUGUCCAUGCCAACAGGUUUGGGAACACCGGUUCUCUGAGCGUAAAGGAAACCAGCUCGACUCAGGAGCCUCGGACCAAAACCAGCAAGUCUCCUGGGACGGCAAAGGUGCUGGACGUGAACAACUCCACUCUGAUGUUUGUCGGGGGGCUCGGAGGACAAAUCAAGAAAUCUCCUGCCGUGAAGGUCACAUACUUCAAAGGCUGCAUGGGGGAGGCCUUCCUGAACGGCCACUCCGUGGGCCUGUGGAACUACGUGGAGAGGGAGGGCCGGUGCCGCGGCUGCUUCGGGAGCCCCCAGAAUGAAGACUCGUCCUUCCGUUUUGAUGGGAGCGGGUACUCGGUGGUGGAGAAGACCAUGCGGGCCACCGUGACGCAGAUCAUCAUGCUCUUUAACACCUUCUCCCCUCAUGGGCUGCUCCUCUAUCUGGCUUCGAACGGCACUAAAGACUUUUUAUCCAUCGAGCUGGUCCAUGGCAGAGUUAGAGUGAUGGUGGACCUGGGCUCAGGACCACUCAUUCUCACCACGGACAGGCGAUAUAACAAUGGAACCUGGUACAAAAUCGCCUUCCAGAGAAACAGGAAGCAAGGGCUCCUGGCUGUUAUCGAUGUCUACAACACCAGUGACAAAGAGACCAAGCAAGGCGAAGCACCAGGGGCUGCUUCCGACCUCAACCGGCUGGACAAGGAUCCAAUAUAUGUGGGCGGGCUGCCUCUGUGGAGAAUUCCCAGGAAAGGAGUGACCAGCAAAAGCUACGUGGGCUGCAUCAAGAACCUGGAGAUAUCCAGGUCCACUUUCGACUUGCUCCGGAACUCCUACGGCGUGGGCAAGGGCUGCAUCCUGGAGCCCAUCCGCAGUGUCAGCUUCCUGAGAGGUGGCUUCGUGGAGCUGCCGCCCAAGCCUCUGUUGCUGGAAUCAGAACUUCUGGCCACAUUUGCCACCAAGAACAGCAGUGGCAUCAUUCUGGCUGCCAUCGGCCAAGACACAGAAAGGCAGGGCCGGCGACCCACGCACGUGCCCUUCUUCGCCAUCCUGCUGGUCGAUGGCCACGUGGAAGUGCACAUCAGCUUUGGGGACGGGACCAGCCUGCGGAGGGCCCUGGUGCAUGCCCCCUCGGGCACCUAUGGCGACGGCCAGGAGCAUUCGGUCUCCGUGGUGAGGACUCAGAGAAUUAUCACCGUGCAGCUGGACGAGUGGAGUCCUGUGGAGAUGAGGCUGGGCCCGUCUGCAGAAGGCAGGACCAUCAACACAUCCGCCCUGUAUGUAGGGGGUGUCCCCGAGGGGGAGAGGACCUCGAUGCUCAGGAUGAGGGGACCAUUCCACGGCUGCAUCAGGAACCUCGUCUUCAACAUGGAUCUUCUGGAUUUUACCAGCGCGGUGGCUUCAGAGCAGGUGGACCUUGACAGCUGCCAGCUGGCGGAAAGGCCCCAGCCGGCCCCUCAAGAGCAGGAGGAGGAGGAGAAGGGGGAGGAUGGCAGCGAGCUGCCAUCUCAGCCCCGGGCUGUCCCACGGCCGGGCCAAUGUGCAGUGGACACAUCUCUGCAGUUUAUUUCUGGCGCUCACCAGUUCGGGCUCUCCAAGAACAGCCACUUCGUGCUGCCCUUUGACCAGUCGGAGGUCAGGAAGAGGCUCCUGGUCCAGCUCAGCAUGCGGACCUUUGCCUCCAGUGGGCUCGUCUUCUAUGCGGCCCAUCAGAACCAGGUGGACCACGCUGUGCUGCAGCUCCACGGCGGCCACCUGGUCUUCACCUUCGACCUCGGCAGGGGCCGCACCCGUGUCUCCCACCCCACGCCGAUUGAUGACGGCAGGUGGCAUUUGGUAAAGGCCGAGUACUCUAAAAGAAAAGGCUCUCUGGCUGUUGACGGCCAGGAAGCCCCUGCAGUGACCGCUGUGGGCGAAGGGACCUCCCUGGAUGUGGAGGGAAAGCUGUACCUGGGGGGCCUCCCCCAAGACUACAGGCCCCGAAGCAUUGGGAAUAUCACACACAGCAUUCCCGCCUGCAUCAGGGAGGUGAUGGUGAACAACCGGCCCCUGAACAUGGACAACCUGGCCUCUGCCGUGGCAGUGGGUAGAUGCCACGUGGUGGCUGAGGAAGGGACGUUCUUUGAAGGAAGCGGCCAUGCAGCUGUUGUCAGAGAAGGCUACAGGGUGGGAUCGGACCUAAACAUCACGCUCGAAUUCCGAACUUCCUCAGAGAAUGGCGUCCUCCUGGGGAUCAGCAGUGCCAAGGUGGAUGCCAUUGGCCUGGAAAUCGUCAGUGGCCAGGUCCUGUUCCAUGUCAACAAUGGUGCAGGCAGGAUAACGGCCACGUUCCGGCCUGGUGGCGGCAGCAGGCUCUGUGAUGGGAAGUGGCACACGCUCCAUGCCAGCAAGAGCCGACACCGCCUGGUCCUCAGCGUGGACGGCCGCUCGGUCAGCGCGGAGAGUCCGCACAGGCAGUCCACCUCAGCCGACACCAACGACCCCAUCUAUGUGGGGGGCUUCCCGGCGGACGUCAAGCAGAACUGCCUGACCAGCCGGGUCCCGUUCCGGGGGUGUUUGAGGGGGCUCACCCUGACCCGGGGUCCCCAUGUGCAGGCCCUGGACUUCAGCCAGGCCUUCGAGCUGCACGGGGUCUCCCCGAACUCCUGCCCCGGCUCCAGGCCGGCGCCCUGACACCCCAGACCUGGCCUCAGUGGGAAUCAGCGCUACUAGGUGGAGAACUAUUUCUGUGGAUUACAAUCUCUUCUGGUCCUGUCUCAUUUCCAACUCAGGUCAAGUGUUUCCAGAAGCAUGUCUACUCUACGAUAAACUCAAACCAUGUCUACAACAGAUACCUCUUAAAUGUACAUGGACUUCAUUGGCAUUUUUUAAAAGUGUUUUUAAAAUGAAUUUUUGUGAACAUUGAGUACUCUACAGUAUUAUGUUUUUGUAUUCUGAGCUCUUAAAAAAAUAAAAUGUUACCCCUGACUGUAAAAGA